AUUCCCAGUGCCAAAAAAAAGUGACAGCAGAAAUCUCCGGAGUGUGUACGCUUCUUAGCUUGAAUAACUCUUUUGUCCUUCACUAAACUUUGUGGACACAACAUUGGAAGAUAGGUCGUCUGAUAUCCGAAGGAUGCAAUGGGUACAGGAUCAUCCAAGUCGAAACAAAAAGGCAAAGUAGUUGUUGCCGCAGAGGUUGUUGUUGAAGGUCAAUCUCAACCCAUCAAGGUCAAAGGUCAAGUCAAUCUGAGUGAAAAUGCAGGUCAACAAAAAGGACCGGCUAUGGUCAAGCAGGUCGCUCCUAACACGUACAGUCUUCAGAUGGGAAGUCAAAGCAUUGGGUCAUUUGAUGUUCCUAAUGGCAGCGGUGACUUUGCGACGUAUUUAGCCAACGCUGCCAAGAUGACGGUGACUAAUAUUGAGACAGUUGCUGGUGAGGACGACGGCAGUAAUGGAGAACGUAUCAACCAGUCGUUUCAGAUACAGCUUAGCCAUCAGGAUACCAGUCAAUCCAGAGGGCAGUACAGUGAUGAUGAGGAUUGGGAAGAGGUUAUUCAAGACCUUAAUGCUAAGGAGAACCAACCAACCUCCAACAAAGACGAAGACCCUAAGGAAAGAAAAGCUCGUUUGAAAGAAGUCCUUCAAGCGAAAAGAAUCGCGCUGUCACAACAGGAGUACGAACAGAUGAUCGCAAAUCACAAGCAGGAAGUCGAACUCAUGGCAGUCCUGAGGGAUAAAGAACGAGAACGACAAAAGUACACGAUGGAGUCUAAAGUUGAGCAGCGAAGGCAACGACGUCUCGCUAAAGAAAGAGAGAAGAAGGAGAGACAGAAGCUCUUGGAGGAAAAGGCCGCUAAAAUUCAGACACAAAAGGAGCCAAAUGGUAACCCUAGCAACAUCCCUGCAAACAAAGAGCAACUGGAAAAAGAGAUUCAUGACAGAAAUGCUGCCUUUGAGAAUGAGAUGAAGAAGAAGAGGGACCAGCUAUCGGAGGCAGAGUACCAGCGCCUUCUUGCGCAACACAAGUCGGAGAUGGAUAAGUUGAGACAGAAGUUAGAUAGAGAGACUGACAGACAGAAGCAGUCCUUUGAGGAUAAGCUGGAGGAGAGGAAACGGCGGAAGAUGUUGGACGGCGGCUCGUCUGGGAAGGAAAUGACCGUAGAAGAGAUUCGGCAGCUAGAGGCUGAUCUAAAACGUCGCCAGGCUCAAUUUGAGGCAGAGCUUCGCGAUAAGAAGUCCCAGCUAUCUGAUGAGGAUUACAAGAAACUGAUAGCGACGCAUAAACAGGAGUUGAACCAGCUACAACAAACACUGGACGGACAGAAGGAGAGACAACGGCAAUCUCUGCUGGACAAACUAGCGGCGAGGAAAGCCGGCAAAGAUAAUAAAGAGAUGCAAGAUGGUGACGCCAUGUCAGCCGAUGAGGUCAAAGAGCUCCAGUUAGCCUUAAACCAAAAAGCCAUGGACUUCAAGAAGAAGCUCAAAGACUCUAAAGGGUCCCUCUCCUCGGCAGAGACGGAGAAACUCAUCAAGGAGCAUCGGUUGGAGAUGGAUCAUCUUCAGGAGCAGCUGGAUGCGGAGAAGGAGAGAAUGAGACGGGUCUUGAUGGAGAAGAUGGAAGCGAGGAAAAGGAAGAAAAGAGGAAAGCAAGCGUCGAACGGCGACACACCACCUCUCACUGCCGAAGAAUUAAAACAACUCCAACUGUCCAUGGACAUCCAAGACGCCAAAUUCAGAGAUGAGAUGAAAUUGAAGAAGUCUAAGAUCUCCGAUAAGGAAUAUCAGCUACUCAUGAAGAAACACAAAGAUGAGCAAGAUGAGAUCUCUAAGAUGCUCGCGUCCGAACGAGAGAGGAUGGAGAAAACGCUUCAGGACAAGCUGGCGACGAGAAAGUUUAGAAUGCCGUCGGCUAGGGAGAGGGUUGUCUCCAAGAAUGAUGAAGUUAAUAAACUUCAGGAAGAGAUCCUUCAACGAGAAACGACGUUCGAUAACGAAGUGAAAAAGAAACGCUCAGAGUUGUCAGAUGCGGACUACCAGCGCCUCUUAGCGCAACACGAGAGAGACAUUGAGCGGCUGAAGGGAAGACUAGCCUUGGCGACGGAGAGACAGAAGAGGAAUUUCACGGAUAAGUUGGCCGAGAGGCAGAGGCGGAAGGCUCAGUGGCAGGCGGAACAGGAGGAGAGAAUGAGAAUUAUGGCUAAACUGGAAAGCAACGAUGCAGAUAUAGCUCAAGAUGAUGUCAACAAUCUUGAGGAUGAUAUUGCGUUGUAUAACCACGAAGUCAGAGAGAGCAUUGAGGAGCAGAAAGGCAAAGUUUCUGAGUCGGAGUAUCGCAAGAUGAUCGAAGAACAUGAAAGGAAUAUGGAGAUAUUCAACCGGAAACUGAAAAGCGAAAGGGAACGUAUGUUAAAGGUACUUGAAGCCAAGAAACGAGCCAGAGGUCAGAAGGUCGAGUCAGGUCAAGAGGAUGAAGGCACCUCAGAUGAGGAGUUGGACAUUGAUGCCCAACCUGUUUCCAUGGUAACAUUAGAGGUCACCCAGCUGUGGACGACACCGACCCAAUCAACGUCUCUGGUUGUCGUUCCUCUUAAAGAUGAAUAUCCAGUCAAGAGGAAGAGGGAGUUGUACACCGACCCCAGCAUCUUCAGGAACCUGGACGCUCACGCUAUCAAGCUUGCGCAGACAGUCAGCCUCGUCACCCAACCAACGUUCUCCUCCUUGGUCAACGAACUGGUCAGCAUAGGUCAAACGGAACUAGAGAAAGUCCGUCUGGUCUUCCGUUGGAUUACGGCACAAAACUGCGAGGAGAUGGACCUGAAUGACAUCAUUGAUGACACACCUCUUGGGGUUCUAAAAGGGUUGUAUCAUAAGAAGAUCACAUUCUCGACGCUGUUCAUGCGGAUGUGUAGAUUCUUCGGUCUUCGUUGCGUUGAAAUCAACGGCUGCGCCAAAAAUAAAAGCUACAAGCCCGGCCAGUACAUCACGCCCAGCGACGCCCCCUACCAACACACAUGGAACGCAGUACGCAUCGACGGCUACUGGCAUUUCCUCGAUUGCAACUGGGGGGUGUCUCACAUCCAGGGAUCGGUGGCCUUUGACCCGUUCCGCUUUGAAUAUGACGAGCAUUACUUCCUUGCUGACCCUGACGUCAUUAUCCGUAGUCACUUUCCGAAUGAUCCGGCGUGGCAGCUACUCAAGGAGAACUUGUCUCUUCAGGAUUUCAACGCGUCCGUUCCUUUGAAGCCGGAUUUUUUCAAGUUUGGGUUUCGGCUUCUAACUCACACCGCAGCUGUGAUUAAAACGCAAAACGGAGAGUUGGAUAUCAGGGUACAGUGCCCUCAAGGACUGAUUCUGUCAACACGUUUAUCCACAACGCAAGGAGGUAGAGAGUUCAGUAAGGCUGGCGUUCCUUACGAUCAGUUUGACUUCAUUCAUCAGAUGGCAGAGAAUAUAAUGGCAUGCUACAUUCGCAUCCCUGAACCAGGUGAUUACUACCUGACCCUGUACGCCAAGAGGCAAUAUAUGGAAGGAGAGAUCAACCUAGAGACGGAGACGGAAAUCUGUCGUUACUUAGUCCAAAAUGACGCCCCUUGUAAUGACCAGGUUCCCCUCCCCAAAGCCCCUGCUGAUCACUGGGGACCCAUAGGGGUCAUGAAUGUGGGUUUGUUGCCCCUAACCCACCGCACUGCCGUCGUCAUGAACCGAGACGCCACCGAUAUCGAAGUCCACUUUAAGUCAACGCCGACUCAACUUAUCUUCUCUCAUACCCUAACCUCAUGGGGUUUAGAACCGGAGCAUCUGAAAGCUUACAGCAUGCAGAGGGAGUUCAGCGAACAGCUGGUGUUCUUAGUCACACCACCUAAGAUCGGACGGUACGGACUUCAUAUUUUCGCCCAAUACCCCGGCAUGAACACCCCCAUUCACAUUUGCAGCUACCUUCUUGUUUGUGCAGCCGUCAAGCCGGUGGUCACGCCUAUUCCAUUACUAGAUAAAGGUGAGCACUGGGGUCCUUCAAUGGCAAGUGCACUUCUGGGCAUGACGGCUUUCACCCACCCCGAUCCCUUGAUCGUAACGUCCGACUCCAACUUACAAAUGGUCAUGGCUCGUGUUCUGAACAUAAACGCGUAUCACGAGCUACUGUACUACGGUAAUAAAAACCCGCUUAAUUCCAACUCCCAAGUGUCCGCCCAGUUGGACAGUCAGAGCGUGACCUACUUAAUAUCCCUCUCAAAUCCCGGUUACUAUCGAUUUAUAAUCAAAGGGAAGGAAUCAGAUGAUCCAGAGAUACCUAUUACACCGCUGUUUCAUUACCUCAUACGAAAAGUUCUAAUAAAUUGAUUGCAUGAAGGAUGGAGUUUCCUGUACAUGAAAUAGUUGUAGGCUUUUGCUGAGCUAUAAGCCAUAUCUGUUGCGUAGCAACAGUUUAUUUUGGUAACAAGAUGGAAUGGAGUGUUUGUUUAUAGUUUCCACGGAAACAAUGCAUCUGACUCUGGAUUGUCACAAACUACCAACAAAUUAUCUUCAUUAGACUUGUACAUAAUGAUUGCAGAAGCUAAGCUUUUCUGUUUUGAAGAAUUUUAUGAGAUGUUUGCUUGUACUUCCCCACUGAUUUGUUGGUCUUCUGUUUUCGCCUUUAUUUGCUGGAUACUUCCAGCUGCAUUUACAGGAUCUCUUCCAAACGUCUGUACUGUGAGAUUAUUGGGCCUUGCAGGCCUGUAAGUUUUUGAAAGAGCAAGGGCACCAAGGCAUUUUCUCCUUGGUAAAAGGCACCUACUCUAUGAGGAAUUUUUCAAUUUCUACUGGAGCAUUCCAAGGGCACCAGGGCAGGGGGCAUGGAGGCAAUUGCCUUCAUUGCCUCUGUGAAGUAUCAGACCCAGUCUUGCUCUUGUGUUUGGCCACUGCUAGUCAUUGAAAGAGCAGGGCACCAAGGCAUUUUCUCCUUGGUAAAGGGCACCCACCCUAUAAGGAAUUUUUAAAUUUUUUACUGGAGCAUUCCAAGGGCACCAGGGCAGGGGGCAUGGAGGCAAUUGCCUUCAUUGCCUCUGUGAAGUAUCAGACCCAGUCUUGCUCUUGUGUUUGGCCACUGCUAGUCAUUGAAAGAGCAAGGGCACCAAGGCAUUUUCUCCUUGGUAAAGGGCACCCACCCUAUAAGGAAUUUUUUAAUUUCUA